AUGCAGGCGCCGGGGGUCUUCGUUGUCGUCGUCGCCGCCGCCGUCGUUUUGGGGGCUGCGGUGGCCAAGGACCCGGUAAGUUUCUCUUCGCGCUCGCUUCCUCUCCUUUCUUCCCCCCCUCGGGGAAAGCGGCGGAGUUAAAAGAGAGAGAGAAAGAGACGCACGCGCACAAAAAAACCCAACACUCCCCACUACCCCCGCCGGCCAGAAGUGUUCCUGAGCAGGUGCAGAGUGCGCCUUCGGUGUUUGUCUCGGCGCAUCCGCGGAAAAGGUUGCUGCUGCUGCUGCUGGUGAGCAGGCAGACUCUCCCUUUCCUUUUCAAAGGAUCCCAGGGUGGUUGGAGUCGGAAGGCAGUCCCAGGGUCAUCUAGUCCAGCCCCCGCCAUGCAGGGAUGAAUAUGCAGCUUCCCCGCACCGGGAUCGAACCUGCGACCUGGGCGUUGUCAGCACUGCACUCUCACCCACUGAACCCUCCAGGCUGAAAGGGAAGUUCAUUUUCUGUUGCGAACCGACCUGCGAUCUUCUGGUUUGUUUGUUUUUUUAUUUAGCUUUUCAGAUUUUAAGAAUUAAAAAACAAUUAACAGUCAACAUAAAAAGAGGGAGGACCCAAAGCAAUCUGCUGUUUACCAUGCUGACCAUGAGCAGAGCAGGAAAGGCCAAAGGACUUCCAAGGGAUGAUUAAUCCAAUUGGUCUGUAUAUUUCAGAGGAAGGGAAAUAGGCAGCCCUAUUGUUGUUUCUCUUCACUUUUUGCUGGGGAUGCUGAAGUCUUCCUGCUUUGUGCAUCUUUCAGGCAGAUGCAGGGCUAGUAAUGAUUUUCCCAGUGGGGAGGAUUUGUGUCAGUUGCCUACAUCUUUGGAGACUCCUAUCCUGAGUCAGAAUCAGCUGGACUAUGGGUGGAGGCGUAGUUGGAUCAACAGUUGGAAGGUCGUGCUGAACAAACAGCAUUUGUGUGUAUAUUCUCCCCCCCACUUGAGCAUAGUGCAGUGGCUCUCACUGUUUUCCCUGGGCUAUAGUUUCAGAAUAAAAAUUUCCUUGCGCCGCACCCAUUUUUCUAAUUUGAUAACUUAUUGGAAAACACAGCUAGGAUUGUGCUCGGUAUCACUUGAUACUGGUGCUCUCAUUUUAACAAGAUAUCCCUCCCAUAUUCUGCUAUUUUUUAAAAAAAAAAUUGAUGCUAUGCUAUACUGAAAUGUUUGAAUGUUUUUUUGAGCGAGUCCUGCCACACUUGCCAUCCUCUCCUGCACACCAGUGUGCUGCACCGCACUGUUUGAGAACCACUGGCAUAACGGUUGUAGGAGUGCUUUACAAUUUGAGGCGGUAUUUUAGGCAGUAGGUUCUUCUUAGUAUCUCAUGUACAGAACGUAUGAAGCAGUGAUAAAAGGGAGUGGUUUGGAACAUGUCAAAAGUCCUUUGUUCUUUCUGAGCCAUUUCCACAACUAGGUAAGAUUGGGGAGGCAGAUGGAUUUCUGGUCAUGACUUUGGAGCUCUCGUCUUAGAAAUUAAGCAGUGGCACAGAGGUUGACGAUUGUUAUCGUUAUUAUUCACUGCAUAGUUGCAUUUUUAAAAUACAAAUACUCUGCCUAUUUCCCAAAAUGUUGCAGCGGUAUAGGAAACAGGGAGCCAGCCAUAUGAUGAAGCAGUCAGCUGUCUGCUUUGCAGGUGACCAUAGAUGAGAUGAAUCUCCUUGCAUAUAUAUGUGCGAUAGCUCAGUUCGUAGAGCAUGAGACACUCCCCCCCCCCCCCAAGGUCAUGGGUUUGAGCACCAUGUUGGGCAAAAAAAUCCUGCAUUGCAGGGGAUUGAACUCAAUGACCUCUGCGAUCCCUUCCAACUCUGUGAUUCUAUCCAAAGUCCUUAGUCGUGGAUUGGAGCUUAGUCGCAUACAUUGCUCAGGCCAUUCAUGGUACAGGCAGAAGGCCUAAAUGUCUAGAUGUUCAGAUAGCUGGAAACCAUUUUUGUGAGAUCUUUUCAUAGGCUGUUAUAAAAUAAGGUGCCUGCUUUGACGGUGCGGACUCUUGAACAAAACAUCUGUACUAUAUUAGCCAGAAAUGUAUGUGUGGUUUUAAAUGCCUUCCUUCCACUUAAUCCUUUGCACCAGCUAAGUUCCAAAGUGACAUAUGGCCGUCAUGUGUGAAAAUACCUUUCCUUUGUCUUUCAUGAACUGAUCCACUAAUGAUUUAAUGAUAAUCUUUUUCACUUGAUGAGUUUAAAGCCUUGACGUUUACAUCAGAGCCCUCUGGAUCAAGCCAGUGACCCAUCUAGUUCAGCGUUCUCUUCUCACAAUAGAUAACCAGAUGCCUCUGGUAAACCUACAACUGUUAAUCUCUCCCAUCUUGUUUUCUACAUAGUGCCUUCUUAACAUUGCCUUUGCUUCUGGAGGUCAAGAUAGCCAGGUGACUAGAUGACUAAAUGGGUCUCUAAGCACCUAGUUUUAGCCAUUCCCUCUCUCAAAAUAUUCAAGAGCUGUUUGACUAGUGUUGCCUAUGAUGAUCUGUAGCAGCAAAGCUACUAUAUUUCCUUGAAUUUCUUGUAUACUGUUGUAUGUUUCUAUAUUUCCCCAUUCUUCUUAUAUCCAAAUACAGGAGCACUUUUCCCCUUUGUUUAAACCACAUGUUCUUUGAGUAGGCUGAUCUCUCAAGUCCAACUUGUGAGGAGCUCAGAUCUGCUUAGGCUGCAUCUUGUGACUUAGCAGAGCAAUUACCUUCUUGUUUUGUUUAGAGAAACGAAUUGCUGAGUGCGGCAGUUCAUGGAUGUGUAAUCUUUUCUUGAAAUGUAUAUUCCUUCUCUACAGAACCAAACGGACAACAUAGAUGUUCAAAUGUGGUCUUAGUUAACGCUUAGCUAUGGCAAAGUGUAUUAACAAGUAUCACAUGACAGUUUAUUAUCACCAGAGUUGAGUCAGAGGAGCUGCCCUUCUGCUUCAAAAAUUUCUUGCACUUUUUUUGCAUUUUGAGUCUGUUUUUUUAUUUAACACAUCUGAAUUCUUCCUCUCUUACAAAAUCGGUUGCGACUGAUCUUGAGAUAAAUAAAUGUUUGUUUGUACCUAAUAGAGGGGAAUUUGCAAAGGGGCUGAAUCUCACAUUUAUUAUGCAGUCAAGUUAUUUCUAAUACAUAUUGUGAAACCGACUAGUUUUUCCAAGUUUGGAGAGCAAAGGAAAUCUGCUUGCAUCAGUUUCAUGUGAUUCACAACAGCCCUGCUGGUUCUACCUGCCAAGUUACUAUUUCUUAUAUUAAAUAGGGUAAAGAUUGAGUGCAUGUCAAAGUAAAAAUCAAAAAUUGUGGCUCUGCAAUCCCCAGAACAGGUCUUUGAACUUUGCUGCAUAUGUUUAUCUGUCAUAAACACUACUGUGUUGUGAAAUAGUGCCUCUGGUGAGAAACUUUUAAUUACAUCCUUGUGUAACCUCAUUUAAGGUGUAAUAUCCCUUAUAUUUUCAGCAGGGUUCUUGACAUAGUGCAAAUAUUACUUUAUCGCUGGCAAAACAAUUCUCUCCAUUUUAUAUCCAUUGGCAAUUGCAAGUUCUGUCUUCUGAAAAACCAAAAAUUAGUCCAAACCGCACAGAAGACACGAAGAUUCCAAAACAGUUAAAUAGAUUUUGGGGGGAGGGAGAAGCAGGGGGAAAGGCAGAGGAGGAGAAUUUUGAACUACACUUAUGUAAUUCACUAAAAAUAGCAAAAAAAAAAAGAGUUGCCUUUCUCUUACAUCCAUUGUAUGCACCUAUGUAAAGCACCUAUGUUGAGCUGACAGUCUGAGUUAGUUGGAUUACCACCCGAAGUGUUGUAUAGAGCCAAAAAGGUAACAUACUCCCUGAUGGCAGAUGCUCUUUCUGAUAAAAGAGGAAGGCAGGCAAGUAGAAGUGUACCAGUUCUUGAAGUUACGCAGUGUACCUUUACACAGGUGUCUUGUGAAGGAGAAUUAUGCAUAAAAUUGCGUGAGCAUCUGGCCCAUCCCCUGUGGUAGCAUGAAGCCAUUGGGCUGUGUGUUUGGCAUGGAUAUUGAGAGUGGGCACAGAGUUGCAGCCCCAGUCUGUGCAUGAUAAGAGUUACGAUUGCUGCAGUAUUGUCUGAUCUGAUCAGGAGGGUUGCCUCUCUUUUCAGCACAGGCAUCCCCACACUUAGGUGAGGGUUACGUUCUGGGGGGCCCCACCUGUAUGAGUGAAAUUGCGUAAAGCGGGGAUCACCCUGAACGCCCUCUGUGCUGCUGUCUCUCUUCAAUCCAGAGCGAAAAUACUGAACCCCAAAAUAUCCACAACUAGAAUUGAAGCUCUGGGGCCAGCAGGAGACUGGGGGACAUGCUGGGAAAUGGAGGGUCAUUCCCAGAGCGUGUUUUUUGGGGUAUGUUCUUCAGCCCCAUGGAGCCUUCAGUGUAGUGUUCCUCAGGAUUUAAUCCCCCCAUGCUGUUUAACAUAGACCUGAAACCACUGGGUGGGGUUAUCCAGAAUCUUGGAGUACGUUGUCAGCAAUAUGCCAAAGACACAUAGCUCUACUUCUCCUUUACAUCUGCAAGUGAGGCAGUGGAUGUGCUGGACCAGUGUCUUGCCUUGGUAAUGGACUGGAUGAGAGCCAACAACCUGAAAUUCAAACCAGAUAAGGCACUGUUAGUGGGUGGUUCCGUAGACCAGAUGGGUGGGAGAUCGCCAGCUCUUGAUGAGGUUACACUUCCUCUGAAGGAGCAGGUUCGUAGCUUGGGGUUCCUCCUGGAUCCUUUGCUGUCACUUGAGGCUCAGUGGCCCGGAGUGCCUUCCAUCAACUUCGGCUGGUGGCCCAGUUACACCCCUAUCUGGACAGGGAUAGCCUAACUUCUGUUGUCUACGCUCUGGUAACCUCUAGGUUGGAUUACUGAAACACUGGGAGCUGCCUCUGAAGACAGUUCAGAAACUUUGGCUAGUGCAGAAUUCGUCAACCAUGUUACUCACUGGGGCAAGAUGGUUUGAGUAUAUUACACUGAUCCUAGCCUAGCUGCCAGUUAGUUUCCAUGCCCAAUUCAAGUGCUGGUUUUGACUGCCCAGAACUGCUAUACAUCAAGGACCACCUUUCCCCAUAUGAACUGACCAGGACUCUGUGGUCAUUAUCUGAGGCCCUUUUUCGUGUGCCUCCAUGAAAGGUCUGGAGGGUGGCAACACUAGAAUGGGCCUUUUCUACUGUGGCUCCCCAUCUGUGGAAUGCUCUCCCCAGGGAGGUUUGCCUGGCACCUUCAUUAGGCACCAGGCAAAAAUGUUUCUCUUUAGCCAGGCCUUCGGAUAAUUUGUGGAAAGGGGGUUAUUGUUAUGUUUUUGGUUUAGUUUAUUAAGUAUUUUGUGUUCUCGGUUUUUGUUUUUUCUGUUGUGAACCACCCUGUGGUCUUUGGAUGAAGGGCGGUUUGCACGUUUAAUUAAUAAUAAUAAUCAUCUUUGCCUCUCCCCACCCACUUUGAGGGUUGCUCAACAUGUUAAGACUUUAGUAGAGGAGUCUGCUUUCCUGUGGAAAGUUCUUUGUCCACACUUAAGAUAUUGUUGAGUAGGACCAUCAUGUACUGACUGCCCACACAUCAACAGAUGAAACACCACAGAUAGGAGUCGCAGGCUGGGAAGCUCAAUGCAGCAUGGUCCUGGCUCACUUUGUUAGCCCUAUUCCGGUGCUUGUGUAGAAGUCCUCACCCAAUUUAGAACCCUGAUUAAGGGGAGCCUAUGCGGACACAUCCCUGCUGCAGAUGUCCGCCCUCCAACAUGCCAUGUAGAGGGAGCCAGUCAGAAUUGUCCACAAACUGCCUAACCAGAUGGGGGAAGCUAAUACCUUAACAGGGCUAGUGAGCUCUGCUAAAUGGUAUGGCAGAAAGUGAAGAUGCAAAAUAUACAUCAUAGGGAACAUACAGUCUUUUUCUUUUUCUGGAAUGCUAGUUUAAAAGACAGAAAUAAAUUGAAGAGGGGUCUGUUGCCACUUAAGGAAUUGCCAUUCCAUCAGUUAAAUAGACAGCUCCCAGCCUACAACAGUGGCAUUUCUGUGUCUGUUUACUGGUACAUAAUCCCAACUGUUUGAGUAACACCUUUGCUAAUCCUAUGGUUUCAUUCUUCUUUCUGCAUUAGAGGCAGAGUGGCUUUUUUUGCAAGUGCUCUCUGCUUAAGUACCUUCUCACUGUGUUUCAAUAAGAAGCUUGAAAACUCUUUAUUUCAAAUACAAUGGAGCUAACCAGAUUUGACUCCAGGUUAGGGUGGUGGCUCUUACCGAUGUUGCUGGAGUACAACUUCCAUCGUCCCUGGCCAAGGGCUGAUGAAAGCUGGAAUCCAAAUGAGGACCACAGGUUCAAGAUCUUACUCUCAUGGUUUUUUAAAAAAAAUGCUUUUCAGCAGUAAGGACUCUUGGCUACCCACGAUCAGAUGGGUUUCUACAUAAAUGUGACUUUCUUGCCCAGCCUACCUCUCUUCUGUAGUAUAUCUUGCUUCACAAGCAACGUAAAAGUUCAGACCUGUACUAGAUCCAAGAGGCAAGCAAAUAGCAGAAAGCAAAAGCUUCAUGUGCUAGUUGAAGCUCAAAAAAGAAAUGUUAGCACUUCCCUACCUGCAGCGUUCAAAAUUUGUCAGGUGCAUUUUGCACCUGGCUAUCAGCCACUACCAAAAAGUUCCUGAAAUUGAAAAAUAUGACUUUCGAGCCAUCUGCCACAAAAAUGACAGCUAGGCAUUCUCUUUUGGCGACCGUAACCCUAAGGAGCCAUUUGGCACCUAGCUUAUAUAUUUGAGUUUCUAACACUGUCUGCCUGUGUGCUGCUGUUUCUAUCACCACAAAAAAGCCUCCCACUGCAUAGCAAUUUGGCUUGGGAAAAGAUCCCACUACUAUGAAUGGGACACUUUUUCAUCAUCUUCACCUGACCACCACAUAGGGCAGUUUUUUGUUGCCAGAGAAGGGGGCUUCUAGGAAGGUAAGGACUAGCUGUUCCCCACUUGUCUCCUCCUUCUGACAUGCAUCAAAAAAGAGGCGAGAAUGCUCAAAGUCAGAGGCUUCCCGCAUGAUUCAGAAUUAUGCCCGAACCAGCCCAUUUUAAACAUGCAUAGAAAAAAAGUUCCCAGCUAGUUGUUUGCAUUUUUGAACCCUAACCUUGACACCUGCAAAUGGAGAGUUCAGGUAUACUGUAAAAAAGUAUCGCAGUUCAAUCCUAGGCAGGGCUCAAUGAGUUUUGUCGGACUUUAGUCUUUGGUAAGUCUGCAUAUGACUGCAACUUUAGUCCUUCAGGGGUUUUUGGUUUUUUGUUUUUGUCUGCAAAAGCUGAGAAGGCAACAAGAACUCUGAAUAUUUUUGCAUGAAACAAUUAUAAAAAUGUUUGUUCUCAAAAAGGCUUUGUCUUUUUUCUUUUUUUUUCUUUUUUUGCAGUAUGCUGAAGAAUGCAAAACACUAGCAUAUCCUCCCUCAGGACCAACGUAAGUAACUUAUUAAGGACAGCUCAGUAGCUGAUAGUUGCUGUUUACUUGUGAUCCCGUUGACUUACAAAUUUAAUUAAUAUAACAUAAACUUUAAACUUGGCACAUUGAGUCAGGAUUGUGGUGCUGCUAUUACCUUACUAUAUAUCACUGACCAAACAUUCAGCUAGAGAACAUUGUACCUAGUUUGAGACAGUGGUGAUUUUUGCAGAAUGAGGGCACAUGGAAAAGAAUUGUGUAGGUUAGCUUAAAGAAGAUUCCUAAAUUGUCUUCAGCGAUCGUAAAAGAAGACCGCUACUAGGUGUAAAUAUAGGUAAAAUGUGCUUGUGUUAAAUAUGUUUGUGUUAAAUAUUGAUGGAUGAAAGCUAGGCAAUGUAAAUAUAAAUUACUUAGAAAUUUUUAACCAGAAAGACGCCUGAAGGCAACAGCCACAAAAUAGUGGUUUAAGUGUAGCUACACCUUUCUGCGUUUCAUGAAAAUCGCUCCUUUUUCAGGUACAAAGGAAAGAUUCCCACCUACAUCAUAAAUCUUGACUUGCCACCAAGUGAGAGAUGGGUCCAGUUGGCACGUGACAAAGAUGCAGAGGUAGGGAACAUGGUGGGAAGGAGGUCAGGAUCAGAGGCUUUCUUCUGGGCGCCUUUUUAAUGAGAUGCAGGCCUUAAUUUCUGCUAACAUAGGUGUACUGCUUAAUGAAACAGGCUUUAAUCCUGCCCCUAAAGCUGGAGGGAAAUAUUUUAAGUUGUGCUUAGGACAAGAUGCUUGAAUUCUGCAUUGCUUUUUAUUUCAAGGCCAAAAAUCCUCAGUCAGAAUGCCUAGUAAAAUGGCUUUAACUGAGGAACAGACACAAGCUGGCAUUCAAGUGAAUGUGCAUAGGUUGUAUGAGAGCCAGUGUGGUGUAGUGGUUAAGAGCGGUGGACUCGUAAUCUGGUGAACUGGGUUCGCUUCCCCGCUCCUCCACAUGCAGCUGCUGGGUGACCUUGGGCUAGUCACACUUCUCUGAAGUCUCUCAGCCCCACUCACCUCAAAGAGUGUUUGUUGUGGGGGAGGAAGGGAAAGGAGAAUGUUAGCCGCUUUGGGACUCCUUCGGGUAGUGAUAAAGCGGGAUAUCAAAUCCAAACUCCUCCUCCUCUUCUUCUUCGGCUGUGAAUUCACUUUCUGUCUUUGUUCUUCUGGGGUAUGGUCAUUGAUUCAGUCUUGUGCAAUCUUAAUAGACACAACUCUCCACUUCUGCUCUCCUGCCUGGCCACAUUCCAGUUUGUAAGGGUGGGGUUUUGCUGUUGCAAAGCUGUGAAGGAGGCCUUGUCAGGAUGCAAAACAGCAGAGGCCUCAUUGGGAUGGGCAAGCAAAAGCAGAUAGAACAAUUCAUAGAAUUAGGGUGUUCCCUCUUCCCUCAGAGCACCCAUUGAUAGCAGCUGAGACUUGGAAUGGUCACAACAUACAGGAUAGGCAAGGCUUAACAAUGUAUGAAGUCUGCCUAAAGAAAGAACUCUCUACCUUUACAAAAGAUGUUUCACAUUGCGUCAGUGAACAUAGUUGAAAGUGUCAACUCAUCACUAUUAAAGACCCCUUGUUUCAGAUGUGCUUCGGCACAUAUGAAAGGGUUAUAUGUUUUAAGUGGCUCUUGCAUUACCCUAAAAGUGUGUUCACCCGAGCUUUUUCUUAAACUUUUCCAGGUGAAGGAUGUCCUUAAGAUUAUGAAAGAUAUUUUAAUCACAUUCCUUCAUAGUGGAAAAGCCGUAGCAUCACUGGAAUCUAAAUUGGUGAGUACCUUUCCAUUUUCUCUAAAAUUUAGGGGGAAGUUGAAUCCAGCUUGCUGAGCCUGUCUGAACCGCAGCUGCUAAUAAGCCAAAAAUGGGGAAAUAAAUGCACUAGUUAUCAACAGGAUCUGAUGCUUAGUGUGAAUUCUGGCAGGAGUCCUUGGCAUCAUUGCAGGCCCCUUAAUGAAAAUCUCUUCGGUGUGCCACUGCACUCAGAAAGCCAGUCAUGAUUUGUACAUGUACAAGUUUGUACAUUACUGUGCAGAGAUUUAUCACCGCUCCAGGCUAUCUGGCUGUUGCUUGGAAGCCAGGAUGCUGCCGUAUGCAGGUUGAGACUGUCAACUUUUGUCAGGCAGGAGUCUACCCCAGCCCUGCUAGGAAAACCUCAGAUUGAAUCUAGCAUCUUCCCCAGGCAAAACAUGUGCUUUGCCACUGAGCUGUGUGGGGAAAAGCAACUAGAAGGGAUUCGGAGAGAUGCAGGAAGGAUUCACGCAGGCAAAUCCUGUGAUGAGCUAGAAAAUGAUAGGCUCCCGAGUAACUUAAGGGGGGUAUCACUAUCGUUGGCCCAGAUCCAAAGAGGCUUUCAGGUGAUCGGGGGCACUGGAAUGUUUUUCAGAUCUAUGCAAUCUUGUCAGGGUGUUACACGCAUGGGGUAUACAUUUGAAACAAUAUCAUGCCACGUCGAACAUUUGUGGCUUUCCCCAAAUAAUCCGGGGAACUCUGGUGUGUUAAGAGUGCUGAGAUUUGUUAGAAAACCCAGAGUGGUUUAGCAGUCAGUCCCCUUUCUUGUGGAAUUCUGGGAACUGUAGUUCUGUGAUAGGGAAGAGGGUCCCUUAACAAACUAGUCUUCCCAGGAUUCUGUGGGGGAAUCCAUGACUGUUUAAAGCGGUAUGUUACUGGUUUAAAUGUAUCGUGUAGAUGGAAGAUUAGACCAUAUAAAUUAAUGGGCCUAACUUAGUCAUGUUCAUUCAUUUCAGGGGGUAUACUCCAAGUGAAACACAGUAGAAUUGUCUUCUAAUUGUCUACUAAUGUUUCAGAGUGUCUUCUUAUUGAACUUCUCCAGGGUCCACUUAUUUCAGCAGACGUUACUCAGAAAUAAAAGGGAGCCUAUUUAUUCAGUUUACAUUUAAACCAGAGUUUGAAUUGGAGUUUGUUGUACAUUGCUCUGGAAAUAGCUACUGCAAGAAGGAAGCGAAAUCUGAAAAAAUAGGAUGUUACGCAGUAAGGGUUGCAAAAAUGGUAGAGAGUGAGCUCAGGGACCUUGAAAUAAGCGUCCUAACUGGUCUGCGGAUUGUGGCUGCAGUCUGUGCAGGAAUGAGUAAAUAAAUUUACAGUAGUUCUGUUUUGAACCUCCAUCUUCCACAAGUUCUUUCUCUUUGCUGCAUGAACUGUGGUGUUCAGAUUAAUGUAAAAAUGCAAAGAGAAGGAUAUUGGAGCUCCAAAAUGCCAGCCAAACCACAGUGCCUUGGACUUUGUUAAUGGAGGUCAUCCUGCAGCUAAAUUCUUGAUAAGCAGGUUAUUUUUUUCUCAAGGUCUCAACAGUCCACAAAGUCUCAAAUGUCUACUGAGGCAACUACAGACCACUUAGCACAUAGCUUUUUUAGUUAAGUGUACACCUAAAAAUUGUAGAAUGCAAUUGCAGCCAACGUGUGUUGUUCAUAUGUACCCAUUGGGGAAUCACAAUUGGCUGUGCUGCCUGUUGAUCAGACUGCAAAACUGAGUUUGUCCCUUUGUAGUUUGUGAAAUGACACUAACCCUCUGUAAAUGUGCUCUGUUUACACCAAGAGAUAAUUGGGACUGAGAAGGAAAUAUAUGGAGACAGAGCAAUAAAAAAUAGAAAGUUAUUUACUAUGUUUUUCAGGUUUUAAUAACUUGUGGCUUUUCUUCUUAGGCUUGGUUAGGUUCCACCCUUCCCUAUCCUUUCAAUGAUGAGAUCAAAGGCAUUGCUUCUGCAAUUGAUGCUCCUUUAGGUAAUUUCCAUUUUGUUAUUACUGUGUCUGGCUCUGAAAGCACACUAUUAAAGGCAUAAUUUGGUGCAAUUGAACAUUUCAGCCACUGUAGCAAUACAUGCUGAGGUUAUAAUACAUUUGUGGAACAGGAGUGCUUAAAUGUUUGUAGCAAAGAUGAAGAGCAGGUGUCUAUUUAAAUGUAAGACCUGACUAGGAAGACUGACCGGGUUUUCUACUGAGUGAAAGUCUGUACAGUAAUAUCCUCACCUUUAGUAUGCCGGGAGCACAAUAUUUGCAUAUCUGAACAGAGAAUAGGAUCCUGUAAGCUUAUUCCUGGAUUAAAAAUCAUCAAGCUAUAGAUUAUGCACCUUGUGUAUUGCAUAAUUCAGGAGAGCAAGUCAAUUUAAUUCCUAUAUCAAUUCAAAAGCUGAAAAGAGGGGCAUCUCACAGAGGUACUAAAAUAGGAUUGACCAACAAGUUGCCCAUCCUCUUUGCAGGCUUCUAAGAAAUUUUUUGAAAUGGCAAGUCUUGUAGAUUUCCUGCUCAGUGUCUCUGCCUUGUGGCUUGCAGUCCAUAGACAUAUGAACCAAGCACAGUAAGAAGUGAUACUCUGAAGAUAUUUCCUGUCUCCAUUUUCUUCCUUUUAAGUGUUUGCUUGGUUUUAUCCGUUGUUUUUAAUGGUCACUUUGAUGAAAGGUCUCUCUUUCUCCCUCUUCCCUUUCCACCUUCCAAUUUAGGUGACAUUGUUCUGUUCAAUAUCUUCUAUGAAAUCUUCACAGUGUGCACUUCAAUAGUAGCAGAAGACCCCACAGGUAAAUGACUGCUUAGCCAAUGACAUGUAUUUUAAAGAUAGUGCUUAAGGUAUUUUUUCUUUGACCUUAAUUUCAUUUCUCUCCACCACCCCCUUUUCCUUUCCAACCAGGAAAGCUCUACCAUGCCAGAAAUCUUGAUUUUGGAUUGUUUCUUGGGUAUGUAUGUACCAGUGAGGUCCAACCUGCCCUGGUGGAUCCACAAACUUUCUAAAUUGGUGGGGGGGGGAAUGAAAUGUUUUUUACCUUACCUUUUUUAUUGCUUUGAGACUAAGCGAUGAGCAGAGCGUUUAGUUAAUCUGCAGCACCUUUAACUAUGGCCUGCCUUUCUCAAUUUCUUUGGAGCGUCUUUAGAGGGAAAAAUAUGUGUGCUGUCAUAAUUUUCACCAUUUUCUAUAAAAGGGAGAAGCUCUGGGGUUGUCAUUUUCAGCACAGUGACUUUUUUUUAUUUAUCAAAAUAGAUUUUUAUUAAGAAAGAAGCAUAGUGAAUAUAUAUAUAUAUAUAUAUAUAUAUACACACACACACACACACACACACACACACACACACUGCACCUUUUGAGAAAAAGUAUUUUAUCUGACCUCCAAAAUCACUAAACCAUCUAUCCCUCCUAUCUCCCAAAAAGAUACCUUUGAUACCAUCUGGGCUCCCCUUUUCUCUUUUAUUGAAGAACAGGAUAUUUUAAUGCCACUGUCAUCACAGAGCUGUCUGCAGAGGGGAUUUACUCAUUGAAAAAGUAUUGUAACUGUAUUGUAACUUUUGAAUAAAUUGUUAAAAAAAUAAAAGGCCCAUGACUUAGCAGUGUUCCAUGAAGACUGUGGGUAGUAUCUAAUUGGGGUCUUGCUCUCACAGAAGGGCUUUUGAUUCAGCAGACUCCUCCAGUUAAUAGAAGUGGAAGUGGGGUGAUUUUUGCCAACUUCAGCCCCCUGCAGCCCCUUAUGCCACCUUCCACCCUGUUCCACCUGAUACCCCAACUGGAUUCCAUUUUCUGAACAUACAGGGUAGCAGUGUGCAUUGACCACAAGAUUUGGUUCAGAUCUAGACCCAGCACUUUGUGCAGCAGUUUAAUUUGUCUGUUCAGAGGCUACCUGAUUUGCUUCAUGGCUCCUAAUCCACUCCCCCUCCCUUUAGUGAAAACAUUUAUUCUGCCAACAAUACAUCUCAUUUCCAUCACCGGAGGAGUUCAGACAACAAAAUUAUAAACAGCUUCCUUAACAGAAGAGCACUAAGACAAUGUAAAACAUUGAGCAACCCAAAACAACCACGCCUUUGCUUAGUCCAUUCGAGCUUUCAAUGUUCGGGUCGUUAUCUUGAAAAAGACAAGAUAAUGCUCCUAGUCUACUUGAUUGCCUUCCAAACCCAAUCUAUUAUAGUGGAACCUCGGGUUAAGAACUUAAUUUGUUCUGGAGGUCUGUUCUUAACUUGAAACUGUUCUUAACCUGAGGUACCACUUUAGCUAAUGGGGCCUCCUGCUGCUGCUGCUGCUGCUGCGUGAUUUCUGUUCUCAUCCUGAAGCAAAGUUUUUAACCUGAGGUACUAUUUCUGGGUUAGCGGAGUCUGUAACCUGAAGCGUCUGUAACCCGAGGUACCACUGUACUGGGAAACAAAAAAAUAAAGUCGUCCCCCCCUUCUUUCUGGCACAAGUAAGUACAGCCAACCACAUCAAACGAAAAGCCCCUAGACCCAGGGUUUCCCAAACUUGGGUCUCCAACUGUUUUGGGACUACAACUCCCAUCAUCCCUAGCUAGCAGGACCAGUGGUCAGGAACGAUGGGAAUUGUAGUCCAAAAAUAGCUGGAGACCCGAGUUUGGGGAACCCUGGCCCGAGGGGCUUUUGUGCUAGGCAUCUUUGGGGUAGGACCCAGCAGAAUUCUUCCUCCAUGUCCUCUGCUCCCUAUGCUGAUACCUUCCUUAAAUUGGGAGACAGUUUGGCAAAGCUGCUCCCUCCCCUGAAGCCCUUGGAUUGGAGAAUGCUGAUGCCAGUCAUUCCUUCCCAAUUAUAAGCACUGUCUCCUUCAUCACCCCGCCCGAGCAUUAUGGUAAACACUCUCACUUCUGGGUGUUUGCUGCAAUGUUUUGACAUCUGGAUCGCUGAGGUGCUAUGAAGCACUUUAUGGGAUGGGUCUCUGCUUCAACUUGUGCCUCCCAGAGGCAUUCUGCUUUGCCUCAGGAUUUGCCCGAAUCUGGUACUUGCUCCUGUUGUGGAGGGGAGAGAGAUGAAAGAGAUUUUUAUGUGCUCGCUUUUUCCAAGGAAAGCCACCCAAAUGUUAGCUGUUCAUGCAUCCAGCUUGAAAGACUCAAAAAUCUGAGAGAGUCCAUUUUACAUUGCUGCGGAUUAGUUGCAAUUUGCAUUAGAUAGACAGUUCUUGCUGAUGUUUAAGUGGUAUUGCUUUUCCUGCAGGUGGGACGUGAAUGCUAGUUCUUGGAGGACAACGCAGAAACUGAAGCCGCUCAUGGUGUCACUGGAUUUUCAAAGGAACAAUAAAACAGUGUUCAGGUCUGCAAAUUUUGCAGGCUACGUGGGAAUGUUUUCUGGAUUGAAGCCAGUGAGUAUUCCUUUAUUUGGACAACACUAGGUGCAUUCUGAUGUAACUGUAAACCAUAGCUUGCCAUUAUGAGUAUGAACAGGCCUGAGACACAGGUUUGCCUGCUUCAUCUUCCCCUUCCCUUAGGAGCAAGCAGGUGACUUCAGAGGCUUCUUUUGCUAGUGGCAUCCACCCUUAAUUUUCCAUUGCAUCUGAUGUUGCAAACUUUGCUGAAAACAAAGCCAGGCAUAUUAGUGCCUUGUAGAGAAAACAGAGUCUCAAAGCACCUUAAAUGCGUAAUAGUUUAUUUUACGAUUGAUGAAGCCUUGGGAGAGUGGCGUUCACUGUGUGCAGAAUGUGUAUUUUGGCAAACAUCUAUAUGAGCAUAUGAUGCUUGUGUCCUCACCUCACCUCACCUCACAUCGCUAGGUAUGCAUGUACAAAGAGGAAGAGCAUUUGUAAAACAUUGGGGCCCAAAAACUAUAAUACAAUGGAUAGCAGUGUUCUGUCGCUCACAGUGGCCUUCUUAAAGCACUACAGAAUUAGCUUAACUCUGUCUGUUUUCUAACUGCUGGGUAUUAAUAAACACUGUUAACUGACUUUUUGUAUUUUAGGGCAUUUUUACUCUAACCAUGAAUGAGCGGUUCAGUCUUGAUGGAGGUUACAUUGGUGAGUAUGCUUAAUGCUCUGUUCCUGUGUCUUUGGGGGUUUUUUAGCUUUAAUAAAAUGGGGAAAUUUUAGUAGCAUUAUACCCCACCCCACUCAAAUCACUGGAGGUCCAAUUUCACAAGAUGCAGGGGAGAAAGUGGAGAAAGCAGUGUGAUGCAUGUUGUAAGAAACUAUAUGAGAAGUUGUGUGGCAUGAAGCAAUAGCAGGGCACGCCCAACCAUUGUCCAAGAAGCAAACCACAUGGAAAUGGUUUGGGAUGACUUUCAGCUCGGUUGAAUUAAACUGAAAGAUGAGAUGCUUAAACAAUGCUAAGGCUGCGUGUGGUCAUAAAGCUCUUUGAAUUUGUGUUUCUUGCAGGAGUCUUUGAGUGGCUCCUUGGCCAGAGAAACGGUUGGUGGAUGAGUUUUCUCACCAGAUCUGUGUUGGAAAACAGUACAAGGUAACAGUUAAAUUGUGAAGCGGUUUAUCUGCAUAUAUGGCCAAGCCAGGGAAAUUAGGAAUAAUCCCAAUCUCAUUUUAUAAUGUCUCUUUGUUUAAGUCUGUUCUUUCUUGUCUUGACUACCGCCAUCUUGGUUCCAUGGAAAUUUUACAUUGUGUGAUACUAAGGAAAACUUGUUUAACGUUCAGACCCGCCUGGUACCAUCCGUGGAUCAACAAGGUGCUGUGCAGUGGGGUUGUGUGUUUCACGUUUUACCAUUCCUCCUUCUCUUCUCUACUCAAGUGGUUCCCACCUCUGACAUGGCAGGAACUUUAAGGUUGGGUAUGGAGUGGGAGGUAUCACUCCUUCUGGAGAGAGGCAACAACAAUGGGAAAUUCAGAAGCACCUGGAACAAUGUUCUGAUGGGCUCCAGAGACAGCUUUUUUAAAAAAAAUAUAUAUAUAUUUAUUACUUUCCAACAAUUUGGACAUUACAUAGAAAAAGAAAAUAAACAAUACAAUACAAUACAAAAACAAUACCUAACACUAAACUAACAAAAACAAUUUAAACUAAGAAAACAAAACAAAAACAAUUUAAAACACAUCAAAUAGUUUCAAUCUUUCAUUCACUUAUUUCCAUGACCUCCUCACACCUCCCUUUUUGUAUUCCACUUCUAUUAGUUGUUUCAGCAAUUCCUUUCCAUCUUCCUCUGCUUUCUAUCUUAUAAUUAUCUUAACACAUAUUAACCUUAUUUUUCCCUUUAAUUCUCUAUUAAUCUGUUUAUACUUAAUUCCUUAUAACAUUUCUGCUGAAGCCAUAUAACUUCAUUCCAACAUUUUUCUAACAUUCAUUAAUUUUACAAUAUUUCUGUAAAUAGUCUUUAAACUUUUUCCAAUCUUCUUCCACCGACUCUUCUCCCUGAUCUCGGAUUCUGCCAGUCAUUUCCGCCAAUUCCAUCAGCUUUUGCCCUUUGGUACAAGCUGCUGCAGCAGAACAGCACCAGAAGAACUGGCAUGAUUUGGGAAGACUAAAUUUUGAACUCAUGCUUUCCCCCCACUAACUUGUCAGCAGAGAACCAGAGGCAAUGCUUCAUCCUUCAGAUGCAUUGUGUGUUCCUCGAUAGAGGAAGUGCUUGGCUUACAAGAGCAAUGGGAUGAGUCUCUCUUUUUUCUUUCUUCCUGUAGUUAAAUUAUUAUUGGUUUUAUAAACUUAAAAACACUUUUCUUAACAAUUUGACUUCCCGUCCUUGCAUUCGUGAUGUCCCCCCCACCACAGUUACCUGCUGCCUUAUAGACAAUACUUAUUCUGCUCUGCAUUUCUUUAUUUACAGCAUUCUUACUGUCCUCCUGUUGCGUAUAUUUCAAGGCCUGCUGGAGAUUUCAUUUGGCUAGAAUGCUUUUUAAAAAAUAGCCCAAAAGGAAUUUCCAUUCUUCCAUAUGCUUUCCUUCUUUUCAGUCUCAUAUUUUGGCUGUCAAUCUCGCCCUCUCCACAUUAACUUCGAAAUCCAUUCCUCUUUUGUUGGAACCUUGUCUUCUUUCCUUCUUGCCUUCUUUGGCUGCUGUGGUCACAUACAUAAUUUGGGGGGGGGGGGACUUCUAAUCCUAUUAUUCCUAAUAAUAAUGCUUCUGGCCAUUAUAAAGAAACUCUGACCUUGGUAUGCCUUUUCUCCCCCUUCUCAAUUUGAUUCCCUGGCACCAUAUUUGUAUAAAUUAACUAUCCCAAAAUACAGACGUUCCUUCACACUGGCCAGAUUGGAUGUGAUGCCCUCUGCCAUACCUGAGGGCAGAUACCAAAAGAUUCCAACUGAGAAACGACUCUGCCCCUGUGGAGAUGGCAGUCGGGAAACAGUGGCUCAUGUUCUCCUGUCCUGUCCCCUUUAUAAAGAUCUGAGGAAUGAGAUCAUCACCCCACUCUUACUUACCAUCCCAGGCCGCCCAUCUGUGGCCACCUUGUUCUUUCUUUUAUCAGAUCAAAAUGAUCAGACAACCGCAAAGGUUGCUAGGUUUAUCGAGGGUGCAGUGAGAUUAAGGGCCACUAUCUGAAUGAUAAUCUUGGUCAUUUGAUUGCCCUUUUUACCCAUUGUUGUCUUUUUAAUUGUAUAUAUUGCUUGUUUUAUGUUGCUAUGGCCAUUGGCUAAUGCGAAUAAAGUUUAUCUAGCUAUCUAAUAAGAAUGCUUCAGGCAUUUCUGGGAAGAGCGUUUUCAAACAUCUUUUUUUCAUUAUGCAUCAUUACAACUGUUGCUUGUUGAUAGGUCCAUCACAUAUGAGUCUCCUCUCUUUUUUUUCUCUGCCUCUUGAUUCUCCCACCUACCACCCUUAAACAAGGUCUUUCCCCCCUUUGCUCUCUUACACAACUCCCCCACAAUACACUUCCACACUAGGCAGUGACUGCUUUACAUGAGAGUAUUUUGAAAGGCUCUAGCCUACCAGCUUCACAAUUUCCAAGCAAUACCUGGUUAACACGCCUGUCUCAUUGCUAUUUCUGUUCUUGCAUGUAGUUACGAAGAUGCAAAGGACAGACUGGCUCAUUCAAAGCUUCUGGCUCCAGCUUACUUCAUACUAGGGGGAAACAAAUCCGGCGAGGGAUGUGUCAUUACACGUUCCCGUGUUGCAGUGUUGGAUAUCUGGGAGUAAGUAUGCCUGAUGGUAAAACGAUUUAAGCAGAUCCGUUGCCUGUAAGAGAUUUUGCUACAGCUGCUACACCAACCGGCUCUUGUUAAUGCAAAGGAUUCGGUCUCUCUACAGUGUCUCUUCCUUGUGUACAUUCCCCCAUGCUUUUAUAUCGGUAUCAGUAUCCUCCUCAAUUUCAAUAAAAAUCCACCAUGGCUUCUGACUUUACCAUUCACACUGGUGACAUGAGACCAGUUUUGGGGUGCUCUGCUUUAAGCAACUUGAACUCUGGGGGUAACGCUCAAGAACAUGAGAGCCUGGUGGAUCAGUUCAGUGGCUCAUCUGGGACUUCCUUUUAGGUAUUCUGAGUCUUCCAACAGAAAUUAGUUAGAAGUAAAAAUCAUUUAAGGUGCAUCGUUGCCAGAAAAUAGGCAUUGAUGUUUGCUACUUCUUUCAAGCUUGGACACAGAAAAUGGCGUCUGGUAUGUAGUGGAAACCAAUUAUGACCGCUGGAAGUCUCCACCCUUUCUGGAUGACCGGAGAAGCCCUGCAAAGAGCUGUUUGAACCAAACAAAGCAAGCGGUAGGUCUAAACAGUGGUGUCCAAACUUUUUUCAAAGAGGGCCAGAUUUGAUGAAGUAAAGGGCCAAUUAUACCCAAGGAAAUAAACUGUCUCAUGGGCCAGGCUAAACCGACCUGAUUAGAUUAGGCCCCCAAAACGGAUUUUGGACAUGCCUGGUCUAAGACAUGCAAAAUUAAUUAAAACAAUGUUGUAACCCAAAGUCCUGUUACAGGUGAUGAAACCUGACCAUACUAAAUGUUUGACAUCUUACUAUUUUUUAUAUUUUGCUGGAAGCCACCCAGAGUGGUUGGGGAAACGCAGCCAGAUGGGAUGGGUAUGAAUAAUAAAAUUGUUAUUAAUAUAUUUUAAUUAAAUUGACACUCCAUUCGUGCAGCUGGACUCCAUUAUGUCAGUCCAGCACCAUUGUUUCAAAAUGAAACGGAUAGGACCACAACAUGGUGCAGGCAUGCCCCACAUCUGCCCAUGCCCCCUUUUUUAGAGGAAAAUGUACCACAGCGCUCGCAAAGAGAAGCUUUGCACCUCUCCUCCAUUUAGAACAGUGUGUCCACUCCUGACCUCCGUUCGUGGGCACGUUUAAAGGAACUUGUUCCACAUAGGAGAGGCUGAGCAGGAGCAAACAUACUCAUGCACUCUAGAUUUUCAAUGAGAUGUUUACUGAGACCUUUCACAGACACCUAGGAAGCAGUGGUGGGAACCCUGGUGCCCACAAGCAUCAACUUGACAACUCCGGGUAUGUUGUACUAAAGAAGAAGAAGAAGAAUAACAAUAACAACAAUAAAAAAUCCAUUCCCUAUUCAAGGAUAACUCAGUGGAGCUUGAAUCUGAGCAGAACUGCACAAGAUUGGAAAUACUAACUGGAGGCAAAAUUUGAAGCUAGUUACGCAGUGGAACCUCGGUUUUUGAACAUAAUCCGUUCUGGAAGUCCGUUCGACUUCCAAAAAUCAUUUGAAAACCAAAAAUUAAAGGGCUGUCGGCAAAGUGAAUGGUGAAAAUAGAAAAACGUGCCACAGAAGCUGUUUGACUUCCAAAAAUUGUUCAAAAACUGAAGCAUUCACUUCCGGUUGUUGGCGUUCGGGUUCCAAAUUGUUCAGCUUCUGAAGCAUUUGACAACCAAGGUUCCAUUGUAAUCCAGAUUUUUUUUUCUGUCUGCACCCUCUGCUGGUACAUGACCCCACCCCCAGCAGCAGAUGGCCUCCAGGGUGCAACGCUUCAGAAAAAUGGUUCCCUGCUCUAUAGAGGGAGUCAACUUUUGGCUUCACUGCUGCUUAGCAGAGGUCAGAUGUUGAAAUUUGGUAAAGAAACUGCUUAGGUUGAAGCUUUGUUUUGGCUCAAGUCUGCAGGUAAUUUAAUUCUUUGUUCUCUCUAUUUUUCACCCACGCAGAACAUCUCAUUGCCAGCUCUGUACAACAUUCUCUCCACAAAGCCCAUUCUCAAUAAGGUAACUCGUCCUCACUCUUCCUUGUCUAGCAUGUUGUUGCCUUAUUCAGGUCUUGGUAGGCGAAAGGGGAGAAGACUCUUUAUUGCUGCUCUUAAGACAGAUGGUUCCCACAGCAGAUUAUUUCUGCCUAGAAUAUUCUUUGUACUCCUUAGAUCCCAGAGUUGGGGAUGAAAACCAAGCCACAAGACAAUCUAAGCCAUACACAUGUGUGGAAACAAACACGAGAGAGUGCAUUUAAUAUUAUUUAUUUAUUAUUAUUUAUUGAAUUUAUAUACCGCCUUAUGCCCAGAGGUCUCAGGGCAGUUCACAGAAUAAAAGCAAAAUAGGUAAAGGUAAAGGUACCCCUGCCCGCAUGGGCCAGUCGUGUCCGACUCUGGGGUUGCGUGCUCAUCUCGCUCUAGAGGCCGUGAGCCGGUGCCGUCCGAAGACACUUCCGGGUCACGUGGCCAGCAUGACGAAGCUGCAGCUGGCGAACCAGCACCAGCGCAACACACGGAAACGCCAUUUACUUUCCCGCUAUAAAGCGGUCCCUAUUUAUCUACUUGCACUUAAGAGUGCUUUCGAACUUCUAGGUGGGCAGGAGCUGGGACCGAACGACGGGAGUUCACCCCGCCGCGGGGAUUCAAACCGCCGACCAUACGAUCGGCAAGUCCUAGGCACUGAGGUUUUACCCACAGCGCCACCCGCGUCUCUUUAAAAGCAAAAUAUAAAACCACAAAAGACAUAAUCAAAAUAAAAACAAUAACCCAAUAACCCUCCACCCCAAAAACCCACAUUUUAAAAGGGCACGCUGGCAAUUUUUGGGGUAGUUAGUCUGUUAAUUCUCUUAGAUUUCCAGAUAUUGGCAGCACUGAUUCCGCUUGGUGUGGAGUGUCCCCCAUCCCCCCCCCCCCUGCAUCUGUAAAUCAAAGCAUUGUUGCAUUGCAUGUGAGGCUUUUAUAUUUGGUCUAACUAAGACAUAGCUUUCCACCCUUGUCGAUAUAAAACACUUUCUUUAGAAAAGCAAUCUGCUUCAUGGUACAGUCAUACCUUGGAAGUUGAACAGAAUCCGUUCUGGAAAUCCAUUCGACUUCCAAAAUGUUCAGAAACCAAACCGUGGCUUCUGAUUGGCUGCAGGAAUUGGAAUUGGAAGCCGCAGAAGCCAUGUUGGACAUUCAGCUUCCAAUAAUAGUUCACAAACCGGAACAGUCGCCUCCAGGUUUGCGGCGUUCAGGAGCCAAAACGUUCAAGAACUAAGCUGUUCGAAAACCAAGGUAUGACUGUAUUGACUUAUUCUCUUGUUUUUGGUUCAGACUCACUAAAGCCGUGAAAACUUUGCUUUCCCCCCCAUUUAGCUGACUGUGUGUACAACGCUGCUCGAGGUUUCUGAAGGCCAUAUGGAGACUUACCUGAGGGAGUGUCCGGACCCCUGUAGCCCCUGGUGAGGACUCGGGUGGCUUAUGAAAUGGAUGCUCACCAGGCAGGAAAAGACAGAGGCUGUACUUCAUCCAAGACUCCCCUUCACUUGCAGCGUGUCUUAUGAGAUGAUGAUUUUCUAAACCUGGCAGUUAUGCAAUGGUUUGCCAGUGUAAACCGUACCCCUUGCAUUUAACAUACUGUUAAGGUGCACUUCCUAUGAAUUGAAACUUAAACAGUGGGCUUUUUGGAUCCCUAUUUCCUUACACGCUGCUUCAGCCCGUCAAUGUUUAGGAAAUGUCUUGCAGUGCAAUCCCUGGGCAUGAUUUCCUCCGAAGUUUAGUCUCUCAGACUUGGUCCCGGAGAUCUGUUGUAGGCUUAGAAAAGACACUGUACAAACUCCCUUCAGGUAGAGGGUUGCUGUCAGUCUUUUAAAAGAAAGCCCAGUGUUUGGCCUUGCGAUCGGACUGCCAGCUGCCUCUGCGCCACAGUGCAUUUUCCCAGUUCUGAAGAAACGUUGUGGGGCUCUUGGCCUCCCCAGUUCCAUCUCUUCCAAACUGGGAGCAGGGGUCAUUUCCAACAGCAUGGCAAUCUCCAGCCUUGGAGGGCUAUCUUGGCUCCUCCCGGUGGGGAUUUCUCCCCCCCCCCCCACUUCUUUUCUUUUUAAAGAGCUGGGAGGGAGAGCAGCGCUAACCUUACAACACUCUUUCCUUAAGUUAACAAACAGAUGGCCAGGCUGCCUCUUCUGUGCUCUUAAAGAGAGGUUGUAGCAUUAGCGACAGGUUUAAGCAUGGGAGACUUCUUAGCUGGGCUAAUACGAAUUGUGCUGCUUUCAGUGCAAGCAGGCAGGUUUUAAAUUGCUGCUUUUUAAUGAGCAUAAUUGGCUAACCUGGGGAAUGAGCAGUGGUUUGGGGCAGGGCUUUUUUUUUUUUUUUUUUCCCCCCGGAACUCUGUUCUGGCACCUCUCAGGUGGGCGCCAUCGCCAUUCUGGGAGAACAAGGGAGGUGUUCAUGGUGAGUUCCGGCACCCCUUUUUUAUAGAAAAAUGGCACUGGUUUUGGGUAUUCCUGGCUAUGGCAAAAUGGGUCCAUCCAUCCCUGCCCACCUCUUCCUUUGCCCUGUUCCACUCCCUGCUCCCAGUUCAGUAGAUUAGAGGUGGUUGCUUUCUAAAAGGUUUAGGCACUGGAAUAAAAAUUAUUCCGCUUUCCUACUAACCUAACGUGGCUACGAAUGUUUCCGUACUGCUAGACAGUACAAAGAAUGUACUUUUAAUAUAUUAUGGAUCGCUUUACAAUUAAAGAAAUUGUGGGAGAAAUGGUCCACAUUGCUUUGUCUGACUUCUUUGGGAAAGCAAAGCGAGGAAUGAGCUUCACUGUAUUGCAGCUUCUGCAAAGCCGCUCCCAUUUCUCUCAGGGCUUGACGACAUUCUGCAGAGGUGGCUAAUCCUACACCCACAAACUGGCCAUGCCUUUUGUCUGUUGAUUCAAAAGUCCUUCUGGUGAUUUGAUAGGCAUCUCGAGGGCUGUGUUACACCUAAGCACAAAUUUCCCUGAGGGAGGAAUGCUAGUUUGGAAAGGGUGGUUCUGAAUGCCUGGUUAACAUGCUCUGAGUAGGAGAGGCAAGUUCCAAAGAAGAAAGUGGCCCAGCGCCUACAUCUGAAUAUUACGUUGGUGUGUUAAUGCAUUAAUGCAGAUCUGCCCCUCCCUCUCCGACCAGCUGUCCGUCCCCCACACAGUUGGAGUUCCCAGCCGAAAAAGACACAAGUUUAUAAGGAAUGCCUUGCCGGUUUUUACACAGUAUGUGACUUCUAAAUGAAAAUAUUGUUAAACGUAUCUGUGCAGUCUGGAAGAUCUCAGCUGAACUUAUUUAUGCUUGCCAACUAUAUAAAAAUAAAGAUCUUUGUGCUUGCCAACUAUCUUUAUAUAGAACUAAGUCCAGCUGAGAUCUUCCAGACUGCAUAGAUAUAUAUAUACAGUGGUACCUCAGGUUGCAGAUGCUUCAGGUUACAUACGCUUCAGGUUACAGACUCUACUAACCCAGAAAUAGUACCUCUGGUUAAGAACUUUGCUUCAGGAUGAGAACAGAAAUCGCGUGGCGUGGCGGCAACGGGAGGCCCCCAUUAGCUAAAGUGGUACCUCAGGUUAAGAAAGAGUUUCAGGUUAAGAACGGACCUCCAGAACGAAUUAAGUUCUUAACCCAAGGUACCACUGUAUAGCGCUUUUAAGCAUUAAAACAUUGGUGCCGUUGCAAGAUUUUGAUACACAGGGAAACUGGAAAGAUGAGUUGACAGUAAAAUCAGGAGUAUAGAAACUGAAUGUUUCCCAGCUGAAUCAACCAAAUCCUUUAAUCGUCACAAAAUCAACAUUUCGGCUACAAAGGUUAUGGUGGUGGCCAAGGUAUAGGACUUCUGUCUCUCCUCUUUUCCUGCCCCAAUCCUCCACACUGAUGCCUGUUUCUUAAAACAAAAACCCAUGGCUAUAACUUACUGCUGUUGCAAGAUGGACUGCGUGUUAUGCUCAUCACGUAAAAAGCUAGGCUGGGAUUCCCAAGACUUCCCUCCUGGAAGAAAAUGGGAGACGCUUGGCUAGCAGGAGUAAGACUGAUGUUCUUCCUUUGGUUUUACAUUGCUCACUCUCCCUGUUUGAGGAGGCAGCGGAGUAAUUCUUUGCUACCUUCGCUGCUGCUUCACUAUGUGACUUUAAGCCUUCAAUAAGUACUGGAGUGAGAUCCCCUGUCAGCUUUACUCAGGAACAAUUGUGUCAAUAAUGAUCCUCAUCUCCCCAUUGCACUGCAAGGCCAUGGCUUCCAUAGGAUUGCCGACUUUCUGCCACUUUCAGUUCUGAGCGAAAGCAAAGACUUGGUGCAAAAUCGGCUGUUUUCACACCAAGGAAGCCUGAGUUAACACUUGGAUGAUGAUGCACUUGUAAGUGGGACUUUUCUUGCACCUCACCUGGAAACUGCGGUUAGUUCAGAAUGCUGCAGCAGGGUUUCUGACAGGAGCGAGACCCUGUUAGCAUAUCGAACCUCUGCUCCCAGAUCUGUCCUCAUCAUUCUUGUUACCAGGCGACGUUCAAGGUUAUAUAUUGGUAUAUAAAGCCCAUAUGUGCCCACUUGGAUCUGCAGAAUGGGCACCAUUACAGGUUGCCACCCAGUAACUGCUCCGCAGUUGUAAGAAAUUUAUUGUUUAGUGUGGCAGCAACUUUGGAACUCCCUGCCAAUUGACAUCAGGCAGGUGCCUUUACCAUACUUUCUUGGGUACCUGCUUAAAACAUUUUUGUUUAGGCAAGCCCAUUCAGAUAUGUAAAUGUUGACAAGCUUUAAUCUUUUUUUAAAAAAAAAAUCUGUAAAAGUUUUUAAUGGUUAACUUUUUAAUAAUGUUAAUAUUUCAUGUAAACGACUUAAGAGGUUUUACUACUAUCAAGCAUUAUGUAAACUUUGUGGGUGCUAUUUAUUUAAUUUAUUUAGCAAUCUUGUACCUCCCACCACCUCCUUGAAGACUGGAGGCCUAGCUUCAACCAGGCUUCUCCAGUUUUCAAGUUCCAUGUUGCCAGAGCCAGCUCAACUAGUUCCACUUGCUGAAACUAGAAUGUCUUGCAGCUGCACCUCUAUUAACAAUGGGGUGCAAAACUAAGACUCGUUCUAUGACCUAGUUUUUUACUAAAGUGGCUUGUUAAAUCCUGCAAGUCUAAACAAGGCAAUUCAUAACACCAAUUUUAAGGAGAAAAUAUUACAGUGGAUCAAUAACAGAUUGGAUUGUAAUCUGACAUAAAUGCUGCUAUGGGUGUGUGUUUGGGGUAGAGUUCCACAUUGCUUAAUAUGGGUUUAUGCUCAAGUAAGCAUGCAUACACAGGUUUGCAGCUCUGGUCACCACUAGAUAACAAUAGGAUUUAGAAACAAUCUGGUGUAUUGUGUGUCAAUUAGCAAGUAGAUCUGUGCAAUAAAUUGUACAGCUCAUCAUUAGGUUAUGCUUUGGCAAGACGGAUUGUUUCUAGAACUUUUUAUGUCUUGGCCACUUUACAGCAGGGCAUUAAUCAUGCUCGAGCCCAUUGAUUUCAACAGAUGUGGCCGCUGUUCACUCCUGCAACGCAAAUCUCUUCCACGCAGCUAACGGGCCAUAGCCGAAUGCUUUCCCCUUUAACCAAGGAAACCUUGAAACUUGUUAGAUGAAGGCACAGCAAAUACCAGGGAAGUUUUUCCCAGUAUAGAGAGGGCGUGGUGGGGAAAUGGCUAAUAAAUGCCGGUGAUGUGAAGCUGCAAGAACCGUAGGCGGUUUAAGGUAUUUUGCCCUGAUGAGCCAAUUGGUGUGGUUAUUCCACGCUUGAAAUUUCCAUCAUUUAUUGCACAGCUGCACAGCAGUGACUAAAUUGCCUGGAGCAUCUUCCUCAAAAGUAUAACAUCGUAUAAAAAAAGGUAAAGGACCCCUGGAUGGUUAAGUCCAGUCAAAGGCGACUAUGGGGUUGCAGCACUCAUCUCACUUCCAGGCCAAGGAAGCUGGCGUUUGUCCACAGCUUUCCGGGUUGUGGCCAGCAUGGCUAAAGUGCUUCUGGCCUAAUGGGACACCGUGAUGGGAACCAGAGUGCACGGAAACGCCGUUUACCUUCCUGCUGCAACGGUACCUAUUUAUCUAGAAGCGGAGCUAGCUGCUCCAGCACCCGGAGCAGCCCGUGGAGGCAGGGCUAGCCGCUCAGUGUGCCAACGGCAGGGAAUGUCCCAGGGGGGCCACCGCCCACGACGAUGUCACACACCCCGCCUCAGGGAUGACACCCGGGCAGACCACACUCACUUUCUCCGCCUCUAUUUAUCUACUUGCACUGGCGUGCUUUCAAACUGCUAGGUUGGCAGGAGCUGGGACAGAGGAACAGGAGUUCACCCCAUUGGGGGGAUUCGAACCACUGACCUUAUGAUCAGCAAGCUCAAGAGGCUCAGUGGUUUAGACCACAACAGUCGUUAAAGACUUACAUUUGCUCCCAGUACAUUUCCAAGCACAAUUCAAAGUGUUGGUGCUGACCCUUAAAGCCCUAAUUGGCCUCAGCCUAGUAUACCUGAAGGAGCAUCUCCACCUUCAUCAUUCUGCCCGGACACUGAGGUCCAGCGCUGACGGCCUUCUGGCGGUUCCCUCACUGUGAGAAGUGAAGUUACAGGGAACCAGGCAGAGGGCCUUAUUGGUGGCAGCAUUGUGAAAGACUUUGAAUUGCUCUUAUUAUCCACAACUGUGAGAAAGAAAGUUCAGCUCUUCACUUGCAAGAAAGAAGCUACGUUUUGCUGGAGGUGAUAACAAGCAAGUCAACAAGAUGAUCCUUAACAUAUUUACUUUACAAGAUUGCAAAGAAAAGCAAAUCCAGUGCCCCCCCCCCAAAAAAUGGAGAACAUGGAAGCUAUUAUCCCCAAAAAAGGAUAUGAAAGGAGUUUAAUAUUGAGAUAAAAGCUUUACCAGUUUUAAUGGGAAAUUAAGAAAUGGUAAAUAAAAGUUUGUAGUCUGUACCGCCCUGUAAAAUGUUAGGGGGUUGGCCAGUUAGAAGUGAUCUCAAUUCAUACUACAGAGGAUAUUCCUGUUUCACUGUACAUCAUGUCUCAGUGCCACAACAAAAUCUAGAGUCCAGGAUGAGUGAACAGCAACACAAUUCCAAAGCAAUUCCAGGUAUGAUAUCAUGUGCUUUCCUUGGGCAGAGAGACUGCAGCCAAGGGGAAAUGUUUCCAAAUUGCAACCAAAUAAACCUCUUUCCACCGGGAUCUAACAUCGCAUAGACUAUUUUGGGGGACUCAAAAUUAAGAAAAUGGGAGGGGAGAUUCCCCAGAGGAGUUGAGCUUUUGGGGGGGGGUUGCAGAAAAAUUGCUCACCCACCAGACUGGCAAUGCUGCUCACACACGUUGCAAAAUCAAUCUAUCCUCUAUUUCCUCCCCGACAAAAGCAGCAAAUUGCCCACCCGAUGCCACAACAAAAGCUUCUCAACACCAGUCCUUGCUACAGCCACCAAUCACAAUCUCCGGCUCCACACGUCCCCACAAUGCACUACCCAUGUAUAAGACGACCCAGAAUUUUUAAACAUGAUUUCUGGAGGGGAAAAACCCACCUAGUCUUAUGCUACAAUUUACCAUACUUUUCUGUGUAUAUCUUAUAAUGAACAGGUACUGGUUUUGAUUUUGUCUUGCUUUUGCUUACUAUAAAAAAAAACAUGGAAGAUGUAAUAAUUAGCAGGCUUUCUUUUCCUUUUAUCAUUUGGAUUAAGUUGUAUGUCUCCGGAAUGUGAAGGUCUGCAGACGACCAAUAAGGUGAAGACAGCACUGCAUAAAGUGCCCAAGGGAACAUGCUUCAGAAGUGGUGAAGUCUCUGCUUUAAAUGGCACCACCUUUAUUUGUCAGCGAGACAGACUUCUGGGUCCCAGAUGGAGAACAGAGUAGUGCAUGGAAAUGCAGAGCAUCGCUGAUCUCAGGGGAUGGCAUUAUUCAACACCGUCUUUUAAAAGUCCACAUUCCCUCCCUCCCCACUUUAGAAAGGAAUCGCCGAGUGGCGAAAGGCAAGGCAACGAUGCACAUCCGAGUCAAGCAGCCCGGGCGACUGUUAAGUCAUAGUCUGCACUGGUUGAGCAAGCUCUUGCGAUAUUGCUUUAAUCGCAUUGCAAAAGCUGGCGGAACCAAAUUUCUCAGCUCCUCUCAGCCUCCACCUGGCCGGCUCUACUUGUGUGUGCUUCUUGAGCAAUCAUGUCUUCAUCACCUGCAGGUGAGCAGGGCUGCAACAGAGAUUUCUUAACAGCUGUCAAGCAGCCCCACUCCUCUGAAUUCCUAUCACGUGCUUAGAAUUUAAGAGUGCUGGCUAAGGAACUCCAGAAGGAGAGGGAAGUAGGAGAGGUGGCUGGGAGGAGCCCUGGAAAAGCAUCUUGAGACCUAGGCAAUCUUGAAGUUCCUGCUGCCGCCACAAAGGGAGGUAAUUAGCAUUUAGGGCCGCUAGGAUACAAGAACUGUUUCUUCAGUCUUGCCCUGAGGCUGUAUUAGUUGCUUGUUGGGUGCCAAGUCUUAAUGGCAAACCCGUUUUUCACUUAUUAGCUGUGGAAGUAGAUUGUUAUCAUGGGAAUGUUAUGAACUCGCUGCUCUGAACUCGCUUCCAACUUGCCAUGGAUAAUUAAUGUUUCUAUCCAUUGCAACAGGAGUUUUGGGGAGGAACGCAUUGAAACCAACCUCAUCAGACCAGCUUUGUGCAAGGUAGAAUGGUUGCCUCACAGUUUGUGACUUGCAAAGGCAGAUUUUUCAAUGCGCUCCCCAUGCUGGUCAGAUGAGGGAUUGGACCCAAAGUCUGUGUGGCUUUGUGUUUUGUUUCAAACGGUAGCAUUUCAAACAAUGCCUCCAGUAUGGCGAUGGAGGGCCUGUGACUACAAAUCUCAUCUUCCUUGACCGUUGGCUGUGCUGGUUGAGGCUGAUGGCAGAUAGAGAGACGGCCGCCAUCUGCAGAACUCGACUUUCCCAUGUCUGCUGCAGAAGCACACAAGCAGGGCACAAGAGGUCUCCUUCUGUUGUUGUCACCAGUUUGGAUACGGCAUUCAGAAUUAGGCUGCUUCUGCAAAUGUGGGUUCUAUCUUACUCAGGGUUGGCAAACCGAUGGCCUUCAAAUCUUUUUGGAUUUGGCUCCCAAGAGCUCCAGCCAACAUGGCUAAAGGGAGGUGGUAGCCAACAUCUGGAGGCUCACCGAUGGGGAAGGCCCUACGCUUGGUUACUUAGUAGUAGCUGCUGAUGGGCCUAAAAAUAAUCAAUUAAAUUUAAUCCAUUAGUUUAUCUCCUCCCAUAUUUAACAGGCCAUCAGCCCAUCCCAUGACAGUUAAGUCCAUAAAUUAAUUGUAAGCGCUGUGAAUAAUGACUUUCUUUGGUCUGCCGUAAUCCUCCUGCAAUAUUUGCCUUUGGCAGGUGACCCCAAGUUGUGGUAUUAUGGCUUGCCCCAGAUGGUCCAGCUUCUCCCCUGUUCAGGUACACAUUGCACCAGUUACGUAGCUGACAUGCAGGUUGCCCAAGGAGUGCUAUUUCUAUUCUAGACUCUUUGUGCCCCCCAAAUGUUGUUGUUUAACUUCUAUCUGCCCCAGCCAGCAUGCCCAAUGGUCAGGGAAAUAUUUGUGCGAUCACAGACUUACUUAGCAGAGGUCGCACUAGACAUCCCUUUGGAAUGAAUAGGAGUUAUAGAGGAUGGCUGGUGCCAAAGUUUCCUGUUGCCCCUUCAGUUUUUCCUCAUGGCAGACAGAGCACAGCAAUCACAUCUUGUCUUGGGGUUUGAAAGCACUUGAAGUCCUACUUGAUGAGAAGGGAAGUUACUGACGUAGGACCUAGGUAGGGUUAUUGCCACUGCACAUCUCUCGCUACCGCAGAGAUUUUUAAGUGUUUGGCAAGACCUUGAGGUUAAUUUUAAUUUAGUGGAAUCCCGAUUUGCAACACCAGGCCCUCUACUAGGAUUUCUGUGGCUUUUUGGCAACUGCUAAAUGGCGGUCAGAAUAUGCACCUUUUCAGUAGCAUCUCCGUUGUCCUUUGAUGGGACUUCCCCCUGAAGAAUGCGGAUGGAACUCUGAGUGCCCUGUUGAACUUAAUCCCUAAGGCAGGAACCGCAACACUUCAGGAUGAUGCUGAUGGGCUUCAGCGCCCUUCAUCUGGAGCCAGCAUGGCCAAUGGUCAGGGAUGGUGGGAAUUGUAGUUCAACCUUUGGAGACACACAGGUACCUCAUCCAUGCCUGAAAAACUUUUAAGAGGAAUUAUGGGCCAUGGGGAAAAUGCAAGUGAGGGGUUCUAUCUCCACAUUUCUUCUAUGAGGUGCUAACGCCUGAUUAAAUACCCUUGAGGGAAGCGGGUGGCACUGUGGCCUAAACCACUGAGCCUCUUGGGCUUGCUGAUCGGAAGGUUGGUGGUUCAAAUACGCACAACAGAGUGAGCUCCUGUUGCUCUGUCCCAGCACCUGCCAAUCUAGCAGUUCGAAAGCACGCCAGUGCAAGUAAAUAAUUAGGUACAGCUGCUGUGGGAAGGUAAAUGGUGUUUCUGUGUGCUCUGGUUUCUGUCAUGGUGUCCCAUUGCACCACAAGCGGUUUAGUCCUGCUGACCACAUGACCCGGAAAGCUGUCUGUAGACAAACACUGGCUCCCUCAGCCUGAAAGCGAGAUGAGCGCCACAACCCCAUAGCUGCCUUUGACUGGACUUGACCGUCCAGGGGUCCUUUACCUUUUUUUUUUUUUUUAACCAAACAUCCUUCAUCUCCUCGAGAAGGACACCUCCUUGUCCUGAUGCCCCUUUUCCCUUCCCCCAUGGAGAGCUCUGGGUUUAAACUAUGGAUCUUGAAGCCAUUGGUAUAAACUCUUCAGUAAGCAUACUCAGAAACUGCGACAGAUUUUAUCUUCUUUUCCUUUGUGUUGAUUCCGCCUUGGCUCCUGAUUAUAAUGUAGGUACCAAUGGGAGGCCAAGAUGUUAUUACCGAAAUCCCCACAGCCCUGAAACGUUUGGCCAAGUACAUGGUGCGUGGCUUCUAUGGAGCCGAACAUGCGCUGGCCCUCGAUGUUUUGAUCCGCUACGCAUGCGUGAAGGAGGACGAUUUGCUGCUGCUCCUCAGGUAUGAGCGCAAGCAGCUGCGGACCGUCCUGAACACCCUCAAGGCCGAUAAACUUGUGAAGCUGCGCAUGCGCGUGGAGACAGGCCGCAACGGGAAGAACGCGAGGCACAAUUACUACUACAUUAACUACAAGGUGUUGGUGCAUGUGGCGAAGUACAAGCUGGAUCACAUGCGCCGGAAGAUUGAGGCAGACGAGCAGCGUUCCACCACCCGAUCGUCCUUCAAGUGUCCCGCCUGCUCAAAUGCGUACACCGACCUGGAAGUGAAUCAAUUGUUUGAUGCUUUCACAGGUAAACUGCUGCAUCUGUGUCGUUUGCCUCUUAUCGUUUAGAAAAUACGCCGAAACAUAAAAAUGCACCUCAAUUGUAAUUGUUUGUGCAGGGAAAGGCCUUAGCUCAGUGGGUAUAGAGCAGUUUCUUUCCAUGCAGAAGUUCCCAAUUUCAGUUUCCAUCAUCUCCAGGGAGGUCUAGGAGAGAUUUCUGCCUUCAACCCUGGAUAACCAUUGCUAGUUAGUGAGAGCCAUAUUGAGAUAGGAUCUUAUCAAAUCAUAGUCAGAAGGGACCCUGCAGAUCACCUAGUCCAAGCCCAAGUCCAAGCAAUGCAGGAAUACUGCCGCUGUCCCUUACGGGGGAUCGAACCUGCAACCUUGCCAUUGUCAGCACCAUGCUCUAACUAACAGAGCCAUCCCCCAUUAUGGGUGGGGCAAUGGUUUGACUCGGCAUAAGGCAGCUUCUGGCAACCCCAUGUUGCAGAUCUUUUAAAAGGAGAUCUGAAGAGCGAGGGUAGUUUUUGGGUUAUUUUCCCCCCAUCUUUUUAAUUGAAUUUAUAUACCGCCCUAUACCCAGGGGUCUCAGGGCAGUUCACAGAAUAAAAUCAAGACAUAAAACCACAAAAUAUAUACAGUGGUACCUCGGGUUACAUACGCUUCAGGUUACAUACGCUUCAGGUUGCAGACUCUGCUAACCCAGAAAUAGUACCUCUGGUUAAGAACUUUGCUUCAGGAUGAGAACAGAAAUCGUGCUCCGGCGGCACAGCGGCAGCGGGAGGCCCCAUUAGCUAAAGUGGUGCUUCAGGUUAAGAACAGUUUCAGGUUAAGAACAGACCUCCGGAACGAAUUAAGUACUUAACCUGAGGUACCACUGUAAUAAGAAAAGAAAAAAGAAAAAAUAAUAGCACCCCGCCCCAACCACCACCACCACCACCACCACCACCACCACCACCACAUUUUAAAAGGGCAUAGGAAGUAAAUCAGAUCAGCCAAAGGCCUGGUUAAAAAGGAACGUUUUUGCCUGGUGCCUAAAGGUGUGUAAUGAAGGCACCAGGCGAACUUCCCUGGGGAGGGCAUUCCACAGAUGGGGAGUCACUGCAAAAAAGGCCCAUUUUCAUGUUGCACCCUCUGGACCUCUUGAGGAGGCUGUGACAGGCACGUCUCACGCUGUUGGGCCCGCUCUCACUUAGAUAAAUUGCUCCCACCUCACUGAAUAACCCUUUAAUUGAAGGUUUAUUUUUCUUUUCCUCUUAAAAUUCUAGCCCAGAGUAUCUUGCGGGGGACCUUUGUGAGGGGAUAACUAAUAAGUUGGAGUCUCAGUCAGGUUUUCUUUAAAUAAACAAUAAAGGUUUAUUUAAAGCAAGAUAGUGUAUAACACAAAUGGAUUAAACUUAGGUUACUUCAAGAAUAUAGUGUGAUUUCACUUUAAUUCGUUCUUAGUUGUUUUUGUGUUAUAGGUUUGGUUCCUUUAUAUGGUGAUACUAUCUUUCAGUUAUCCACCCCCUUUAACACUCCUGCUCCUGAGGUGCUUUAAGUAAUAGACCAAAGGGCUCUCCACACCCCUUUCCUUUACUGGGUUUUGGAGUUUCUUCUUUUCCUUAGAAGAAUCUCUCCCUUCCAGACUAGAUUUGAGUCCCAAGUAGGCUGUUCCUUUCCAGCUCCUACUUGUCCUGGCUCAACCUCUGCCUCCCAGUAAAAUUCCAGUCUAUUCUUCCUACAGAACAUCACACUCUGUCUUUCACAAUACUCUCAGAGCGGAAAUUGUUUUUACAGAGCCAACUCUUUCUCCCGUUCACUCUUUAUACCCUAACCUGUCUCCUUACCUAUCUCCCAACCUCUCCAACCCACUUCAACCAACCCUCUCCACUAACUCUCUACAAAUCCUCUCCUUUUAAUCUCUCCCUCCUGGAACCACGGCCAAUCAGAGGCUGCCAUUCAGUAACCAUUUGCUGGCAGGGAAAGAAAGAAAGAAAGAAAAAAGAAACACUUGUUGAUCCAACCGGUCCAGCAAAACCAACCUUUUCAUCACAGAGGCACAUGAAGAAAGGCCUCAGAAGAUGAUCUCAGGGUCUGGGUAGAGGUGGUCCUUGAGGUAUUGUGGUCCUGAGCUGUUUAUGUGCUGGACUUUAGAUUUCUGCAGCAAUCUGCUGAGGGCCUGUGGGCCCCUCUAGAAGUUGUUGGACUUCCAUUUACCUGAGCCAAUGUGGUCCAUGACUGGGGAGGGUGAGAGCUAGAAAUGAACAACAUUUGGAGGGGCCACAGGUUUCCCCCUCCCAUCGCCUCGCCUCUGUUUAUGUGUCAGGGACAUUUCGUUGCACCUACUGCAAUACUGAAGUUGAGGAAGAUGUGUCUGCGCUGCCCAGACGGGAUGCCCAAACUCUGCUGGCCAAAUUCAACCAACAGACGGAGCCCAUCUUUGAGUUGCUCCGUGAAACGGAAGACAUCGUUUUGCCAUGUGACCUCCUUGAGCCCCAGCCUACAGAAAUACCGGAACUAGCAAGAAGGUAACACGUCGUUAAAUUUAUCGAGCUCCAAGCGAAAUACUGGCACGAAGCAGAGGUUGAUGAGUUGAACAGUUUUGGGGUGGGUGUGGAGAACUGUCAUGGUUGCCCCAACUAAUUUUGUACCUCAGGCUUGCCUUUCUAACUGGAAUAGGCAGCAGCUCUUCUUUCGUAGCAUCAUGUCACGAGACUUGGUGACAACACAUAUGGGUGAUUAUAUAUGUGAGUGGACUAGGAUGGGUGGAACAGUCCGACCCCACUUCUGCAAAGUGGAAUGAAAUCUGUGUAUUUCACCCCAACUCUGCUGUGAUUGUGAAAACCAGAAUGGCUUCUACAUGGGAAAGCUCUCUACAUAUUUCCUUUAGGAAAUGAGGCACAGAAGAGACUGUGGUGUCUUUAUGAUAUGUGGUUUAUUUACAUACAUUUGCACCCUGAGCCUACAAUGGAGGAGUUCACAGCAUCAACACCCCAAGGGUCUUGUUUCUCCCAUGGCCACAGCCUUGGAUUCAAGCCAAAAUCAGCCAUGACUUCUUAUCUGCCUUUCCAGCUUGAAGCUUCCCCCAUUCUAGCUUCUAGGUCACAUGACAGUCAACUCUCGCUUUUGUCCUUCUCUCUGUCUAAUAGCUGGAGAAGGAGACCAUGCAUAGGAGCCAACUCCUAGGGACCGAGGUCCCUUUGCCCCACCCCACCCAUAAAAUAUUUGAAGGGGCCGAGCCUCCCUCCAAGUUGAUGGGCAUUGCCAUUCAAAUGGUGUGGGGCAGGGAUUUCCUCCCCCCACCCCCAAUAUUUUAUUCAAGUUGGCACCAUGGCCCCACCCAUUUGCUGUCUGGUACAGAGCUGCCUUUCCUUUAUUCUCUCUUAAUUGCCUGUCCCAUGCCACCCUACCCGGAGGCAUUAACCUCGUGAGGAAGCCAUCCUGAAUGAUAUUUUAACACUUGCUAGGAUUAUAGAGAUUAGAAGUCUGGCACCCACUAGCUCAUAACAGUACUCCUUGCCUUUCUUGUACCUUAGGCCACUGUUUAGUACUUGUUGUCAUGGUACCAAGCAGAAAAUAGUGCCCAGCCCAUAAUUGCUUCUGUCCCCACAAUAAGGAAGAGAUGCUGCUAGCCCUGAUUCCAGUUGAAGGCAGAACUCUGCCCCAUCCCUAGAUUAGGGUAGCACCUUUCUGAGCAGAGGAAUACUAGGCAUGUCUGCUCCCCGGUUAAGUGUGUAUAGCAAUUGUAGCUACGAAAGGCACAAUAAUAAUUCCUAACGGUGUAGUUUUGAGAUGAGGUUGUUCAAUUGUGUGGGCAAUAGCCUUUUAAUUUAGGAAUACAGUGGUGCCCCGCAAGACGAAUGCCUCGCAAGACGGAAAAACCGCUAGACGAAAGGGUUUUCCAUUUUUUAGUUGCUUCGCAGGACGAAUUCCCCUAUGGGCUUGCUUCGCAAGACGAAAAUGUCUUGCGAGUCUAGAGAUUUUUUUUCCGCUUUUCCCCCCCUUUAUCUAAUCUGCUAAGCCUUUAAUAGCCUUUAAUAGCCUUUUAGCAGCUAAUCCCCUAAGCCUUUAAGCCUUUAAUAGCCGCUAAACCGCUAAUAGCGCUAAUAGCGCUAAUCCGUCAAUGGGCUUGCUUCGCAAGACGAAAAAACCGCUAGACGAAGACUCUCGCGGAACGGAUUAAUUUCGUCUUGCGAGGCACCACUGUAUAAAAGAGAUUCACAAAAGACUGUUCUGGCCUCCAUUUCUGAGAUUCUCGUACGUGAACUUUUAUAGCUUUAAUCACAAAUAAAGCACUUCUUAGAUGAAAAAGGCCUUUCAACCUAUAUCUGGUUUGUCCCUUACAACAGCCCUGCAAAACAGGGUUGCUACGAAGCAGGGCUUUUUUUCAGCCGGAACUCACUGGAACUUGGUUCUGGCACCUUUUAGGUUGGUGCCAUUGCCAUCAUAAGAGAACAAGGUGAGUUCAUGGUAAGUUCCAGCACCUCUUUUUCUAGAAAAAUAGCACUGCUACUAAGCCAUACUAGAGUUCUUAACAAGGAGUAGUAAAUAAAUUGUCUUCCUUUAUAAUUUGCUGGCUACCUUGAACGAAUAAGCUAAAACAAUAUUCAGGGGGGCAGAAAAGGAGGAUCUUGUUCCAAUUUAGACCCACCGAAGCCAAUGGGACUUAGAAUAUAAUUGUGACAUAACCCUAUUAAAUUGUGGUGUGGGAAAAGUAUAACUUAGUCUGAAUCAGAGCCGUACACUUAAAAUAUUAAUGUCUAUUAAGCAAUACGAGAAUGUCAGUGACAAGACUAACGUGUACAUUUUUAGCUUGGAUAAGAAUCCAUGUUCAAAAACUGAGCUGCCUCGUUGCCCUAAGAAAUGGGCUGCCAGGAGUUGUGCCAGGAACAUGUAUGUCCAGAACGUUGUUAUUGACAUCCAAAAGUCUGGACUUAAGAAGAAAGCAAUGGUCAAGGCAGUCAAAGGACAACCAGUAUGGAUGACCCAAAGUACCACAAAGGGGACCUAUUCAGCUGUGGCUUCUACUAGUGUCGGUGAGUCCAUCUUCCAAGAAUAUUAUUAACACCUGCUGUUAAAAAGUGCUCCAUUUCCAUGUUGUUUGCGCUUCCCCUUUGGAGGUAGCUGAACUAUUGCUGUUCCUCUGUCAGUCGAUCCCCCUUUCCCUUGCAUUUUGGAACAGGGAAGCUGUAGGGCACCACAUUUGCUAAGCUAAGAAGUCCCAGAUGUUGUUGGUACUGAGAAGGACACUUUGCCCUGGCCAGACUCUGCUCCCCAGUGUUCAAACCAGUUUUCAUACCCAACCUCUAAAGCAGCAGUACCUCUCAAGCAGCAUUUGGUUAGGUGCAGAUACGCGAGAGCAAACAGGAGUCAAUGUAGCGGCAAGGUAGACAUCACCAAAGCAGUCGUUUGCCAUCGGAAUGGUGGGCUAGUUGCGUUGUUGUUUUUUAAUGCAUACAGCCAGUGGCCACCGCACUAUAAAUCCUAAAACAAAAUAGAUGUACAGUGGUACCUCGGGUUACAUACGCUUCAGGUUACAUAUGCUUCAGUUUACAGACUCCGCUAACCCAGAAAUAGUACCUUGGGUUAAGAACUUUGCUUCAGGAUGAGAACAGAAAUUGCGUGGCGGCGGCGCAGCAGCAGCAGCAGCGGGAGGCCCCAUUAGCUAAAGUGGUGCUUCAGGUUAAGAACAGUUUCAGGUUAAGAACGGACCUCCGGAACGAAUUAAGUAUGUAACCAGAGGUACCACUGUAAAUGAUGCAGUUGACACAGGAGGAAGUUGCAAAUGGUCCACAACUAAAAACGAUAAGGUUGACUUAACCAGUAGCAGUAGGUGGUCCUGCAUAGGUCUUGCUCACCUGCCUUCCCAAGCUGUGUUACAGCCAGUUUUGGAGAGGGACAAGGUGCUGAGUGUGUUGUGGCAAAGGAGGAUUGGGUUGGCUCCAUUGCACUGACACAGAUUUGAGCUCCUUGUGCUUUGCCCUGCUUUCUCUUGGCAAGCAGCAGCAAUGAAAAGGCUGGUGAGCACCCUGCCUGUGCCAGUUGCAAUUGGCUGCAACUGCUGCUGUUGCAAGAGGAAAGUGUGAAGACACUUCAUGCCUUUGCUUCAAGCAUCCCAUUCCUGGAAAACACCAAUAAAUUAGUGUCAAGCUACGGUUGCUCAAUUGUGAAAGGAGCACACCCAAUAUGAUCAUCAUUCAUCUGAGGAAACUUUAGGGUUCAUAGCCAACUGUGGCAAAGUAAUUGGCUGGUAUUUGUUUUCUUUUCUUGACCACCUUCUCAUAAAAUACAUGGGCGGUGAAUAUAGAUACAUAUUAGUCCAAUUCCAGAGAAAUUGAGUUGCUACGGGUUUUGCCACUGCUAAGGUCUCAUUUAUAGGAAUGAUGGUUCACUGAGGCUUGACUUAGGUAAAGGGACCCCUGACCAUUAGGUCCAGUCGUGACCGACUCUGGGGUUGCGGUGCUCAUCUCGCUUUAUUGGCCGAGGGAGCCGGCGUACAGCUUCUGGGUCAUGUGGCCAGCAUGACUAAGCCGCUUCUGGCAAACCAGAGCAGCACACGGAAAUGCCGUUUAUCUUCCUGCUGGAGCGCUACCUAUUUAUCUACUUGCACUUUGACGUGCUUUCAAACUGCUAGGUUGGCAGGAGCAGAGACUGAGCAACGGGAGCUCACCCCGUCACGGGGAUUUGAACCGCCAACCUUCUGAUCGGCAAGUUCUAGGCUCUGUGGUUUAACCCACAGCACCUACUCAACGCUAAAUUACUUUUAUUAACUAACAAACCGUUCUGAUAAUAAACCCUGCUUUUACAUGUUUCACAGUACUCAAGGGGGGUUGCAGAAAAAGAGAUCCCAAUAUCUUGGGCUUCUUCCCUUUGAAGGAACAACACACAGUUUCAAUAAGGGCAUUCACUAGCUACGAGAUUGGACUUCCAUCUGUACCUCUGGGUAGCAGAGCUCUGACCUGCUUCAGAGGCACUCUGUGUCUGCACAAUUCGACUUGUCACUGGGGACCUAAUUAGAUAAGUGAAAAACAAAGCACUGCCCGAUUCCUUACCCUGUGGAAUCUAGAAAUGGCUAUUACGAACUCUUUCCCCUCCUCUCUGUAGCCAUUGCAGUCUCUCCAAAGGGGACUAAGUCACCUCCCUGAGUGUAACCUGACCCUAUUAGAUCUAGUGCCUUCUGGAACAAGUUUUGCUCUCAAUUUGGAUGGUAGGUUAAACAUGGUGAAGAGCUCCCUUAACUGUAUUUCUCCCCCCCACCCCACUAGACAUGCCUAAGGAUGUGGCAGACUCUCCCAAGAGACCUUCCAUUAACAAUGAAGUACUAAGGACUCUACUCAUCCACGAGUCAAUCCCUUUCUCUGUGUCGGGAAAGACCCCUUGUUUUGACAAAAACGGACCUCAGCAGUCAGAAAGCGACACCAGUGAGUCCAAGGAAGGGGCCAAACCAACUGCAGUCAACGUCACCGGCAGUGAUCUAGAAAAUGAUCAGGAGCCAAUAGCGCUAAAUCCGACCGUAAUUGUGGCUGGACGGCCACACUUAUACAGUGAAGUGAGUGAAAACCCAGAGCUGGUUUCAUUUAUGACAGAUGAAGAGCGAGAUGCCUACAUUAAAGUUGGGCAGGAGGUUUUCCAAUCUGUCUUUGAGUAA